AUGAUCGACAACUCUGCAUUCCCACUCGCCCACCUGCACCCAACACCCGUCGCACCAGCCUCGUCCUCCAACCCCCGCCCACACCUCGGCGCCAGCACCUCGGCCGCAAGCGCGCCACUAGAGCAGCACUCGCACUCGCCAGAGUCGCAAAGCCUAUCGGCGAGCUCGACAGCAGCAGGCGCAGCAGCGGCUCGUCCCUUUCGGAGCAAGAAGAUCCGCCCUUGCGAUGCCUGUCGCAAGCGCAAGAACCGGUGCGCGAUUACGAGCGAGGGCGGUGCCUGCAUCGAGUGCCGACAGACCAAUCGCCAGUGUACCUUCGACCUGCCGCCGCCGACCCGGCCCAAGAAGGACCUCGUCGACCCGACCUCGACUACGUCCUCCUCCGCCUUCUUCCCGCCCGUGUCCGACGCGCCCUCGUUCCACACGUCGCCUCCAGACCUCGACUCGCGCAUUACGGCGGUCACGACGGCGGCGCUGCGCGCUCAUAAGCGCCCCGCCGAGGACGCACCCGUCGAGCCCGCGAGCAAGCGCGCGAGCGCGUCGCAGCCGGGUCUUGCGUCGCUCGACCGCGACCUGUCGCCAAACGUCGAGCCGUGUGCGGUAACGGCGACCUUGACCGACGACCUGUUGAGCCACCAGACGGUCGGCACGUCGCGGCAAAUUUCGAGCGAUCGUGGCCGGUCGCAGUUCAUCCUCUUUCACGCCGUUCCACCUCAUCGAGUCGCCUGCGCCGACCGCGAGGCGAGCCUCCUCCGCCGCAUCCGGUCCUUCCUCUCGGCCACCGUCCCCUCGCUCUCAGAAGACGACAUCGUCGAGCACUACCUGGCCAAUAUCCACCCUUGUAUGCCUGUCCUCCCCGUCUCCUCGUCCCACUCGAUCAACUCGCUCCCGCCGACGUUGCGCGCCAUAAUCCUCGUCGACUCGCUUGGGUCGUUCCCGCAGCACAAGGCGGCGAGCAACUACGCGUGGCACAUGCUCAAGGAGGAGCGUGUGGGCGAGCGCGCUCUCGAUCAGCCGAAGCUGAGCGGCCUGGCGACGGCCGUCCUCGAGCUCGGCACGACGCUCGACCAACGCGGCGACUACGGCUUGCUCGCCCGGACGAUCGCGCACGCCCAGCUCCUCGGCCUUCAUGUCGACGGGCGUCGCUGGGCCUUGCCGGCGUGGGAGAAGUCGUUGCGCGACCGUAUCUGGUGGUCCUUGCGCAUCCACGAUGCAUGGGCCUCGUUCCUCAACUCGCGACCGUCGCACGUUCAGCUCGGCAACACAAACGUCCCGCUCUUGCCGUUCCCGACACCGAGCGACGACGUCGAGUCGUACGUCGGCAGCGUCGCCUUCCAGUACUCGUGUCGGCUCGCCGUCAUCGUCGCGAGGCUGCAGGCCGAGGUCUCGACCCUGGACAAGUACGGCUCGCCGACUCGCGCCGACUCGUGCGACCAGCUCGAGCACGAGCUCAACGCGAUGAAGGAGGGCGCACGACCGUUCCUCGACACGUCGCCUCGCCCGAUCGGCAUGGACAGCUUCCUGUUCAGCCUCUUUGCGCUACGGUGCAUGGUCCGCCGCAUCAGCAUCGAGGUGCGCAUCGGCCUCGGCAACACGUUCGCGCCCGACGGCUCGACCGUCGUCAUCUUUCGCGAGCUCGUCGAUUUCUUCUCGCGGCUCGACGAGGUCUCGUUCGGCAGCACUCAGCCUUGGCUACCCUACACGUCGCACAUCCUGUCGUCCGUCCUCUCGUCGCUCAUCCGCCUAUCGCUCGCCGCCAUCUCGAUCCAGCCAUCGCCACCUUCGACAGCCGACCCAGACGGCUUAUCUCGCCGCCCGAGCACGCCACUCGCGCCGUCUUCCGCCGCCGUCCACCUCCUCUCGCGCCUGUCGCACCUCAUCUACCGCGCCCGUACCGACCACGGCUGGACCCUGGCCGAUGCGGCACUCGCUCGCGCCUCGUCCGUCGCCGACCGCCUCUCGUCCGCCAUGCAGGCCGACGCGGCGAGCGACGACUACGGCGAGGUCAUCAAAGCGCUGCGGCGCGAGACGCCGCACGGACCCGCUUCCGCGCCGACGGCGAUGGCGGCAGGAGUAGCAGUCUCUGCGGCCCUGUCAUCGUCGUCAUCGUCGUCGAGUGCGCCUUUCGAGGCGCUCACCGCUCUCGCGGCGCUUGCCGAGCGGCCUGAGGGCUCGCCGAGCGCCGAGCUCGUCGGCGGCUCAGUCGGCGGUGCGAGGCCGCUCGAGCCGACGCUCAGCUUCUUCGCCGGCGGCGCAGAGGCGGACGUGAGCGUGCGUGGGCCAGGCGUCGGCCAGGAACUCGACCUACCCGAGCUCGAGGCGUGGCUGAACGUGCUCGACCGGGCGCCGGCAUGGGGGGUUUGGGGCAGUCCGCCAGGCGGUGGGGCCGCAGCAUGGUGA